AUGGUCACUUCGGGUCAGAUGCAAGGAUUUAUUGCCAAUCCUAGCCAGAUGGUGACGGAGGAGGAAGAUCUCUCAGAUGAUGAUGAAUUUCCUGAGGAUCUGGAAGAUGACCCCCAAUGCCCGAUUAUUCUUCUCUCUAAAGAAGAGAAGCGUAAACUUCGGCAACCAUGGCGGAAUGCUCUCAUAAUCAAAAUGUUUGAUAGCAAAAUUGGUUACAUGUCACUAAUCAAACGUCUUAAGAGGAAAUGGGAAUUAAAAGGUGGACUAACUCUCACUGAUAUUGGUCAUGAUUUUUUCAUUGCCAGAUUCUUUUGCUUGGAUGACUAUAACUUUGUCCCGACUCAAGGUCCUUGGAUGCUUGAUGACAAUUACUUGACCAUCCGCAAAUGGGUACCCAACUUUGUACCUGAUGACGCCCCCAUGCGGUUCCUAACGGCCUGGGUUCGCAUUCCUCACUUGGCGGUGGAAUACUUUGAUAAAGAGUUUCCGUGCAAGAUAGGUAGCAAGAUUGGAAAAGUAAUGCGAAUUGACCAAACCACGGCCUUGGCUCAGCGAGGCCAAUUUACUCGCUUGAGUAUUGAAUUAGACCUUUCCAAAACUUUGCUAUCCAAACUUUGCUAUCCAAAACUGUUGGUAUCCUUGGUCUAUUAA